GCCUUUUAGACCACAACAUUCGUUGAACAACGUAUGUUUACAACCUCGUUUACACUCGUAUCUCUAUGUACGUUUGCAUGUAUACUACAUUCGCGUAGUAUAUAUAAGGAAAUUUCUAAGUUCAAAAGCACUUGGUGUUCUUUUAACAAGUUCCCGAAUAUCGAAGUUGCAGUCAUAACUUUUGCUUUAUAAUUGUUUUUGGCUCGGAAAGUUAAAGCACGUUGCCAAUUCUAAAGUAAAUUGUACCGUUUGCAUCAAAAAAGUGAAUACAAGAAAUAAGGAAUCGGAAUGAAGAUUUUAACAGGAUGCAACAACAAAACUUCCAAGGGAAAUCCCUUGUAUCAAUACCUGGCCAUGAUAACUGGUUCCUUAAAUGUAAUAUGUAGCGGUAUGCAUUUCGGAUGGCCUUCCCCAUCCCUUCCACGCCUCCUUAGGGAAGAUUCGCCCGUGAAGAUAACAAGUGAUGACGGUUCGUGGCUUGCUGUAAUGCCUCUUCUGGGUGCUGUGCUAGGAUCGGCCACAACCAGCUUUUUAGUGGAAAGAUUCGGUCGCAAACCUGUCAUCUUUGGUACUUCUAUUCCAUACAUCAUCACUUGGUUACUGGUAGCGUUCUCUCCAAAUGCCGCCAUGCUUAUGGUAGCGAGAUUUUUGGCCGGAAUUACAGAUGGGUUUCUCUUUUGCACCAUGCCCAUGUAUCUGGGUGAGAUUGCGGAACCGAGGAUCCGAGGAACCAUAGGUAGCAGUCUAAGUGUCAAUUUCACCCUUGGAAUUCUCUUAAUCAACAUCAUCGGAUCGUUUACGACAGUUAAAAUGACAGCAUUGAUAUCGACAAUAUUUCCCUGUUUGGCGGCAGCAACGUUCGUUUUCAUGCCAGAGAGUCCUUAUCAUUAUAUCAUAAAAGGGCAAUUGGAAGAGGCAAAAAUUAGUUUGAGAAAAUUCAGGGGAAACGAAGAUGUAGAUGGAGAAGUCACUAGACUCAUGGAUGGUAUUAAGGAAUCGAAUGUUAAAACAGCAAAGUUUACUGAUCUCUUCAUGGAGAAAAGUAACAGAACAGCGCUUCUUUUAAUGAUGGGUUUAAGAGCUGCCCAGCAGUUUGGUGGUACUUCUGCCAUUACAUUCUAUGCUGGUACUAUUUUCCAAGAAGCCGGCGAUCACAUCAGUCCUGAAGUAGCUUCAAUUAUUUACUUUGCUGUGCAAUUGGGCAUGGGAUGUGUGUCGCUUAUGAUUGUGGACAUCACCGGGAGAAGGCCCCUUCUAAUUCUAUCUAUAACUGGUGCUUGCAUCGCCCUUUUUGUGGAAGGUUCUUAUUUUUACAUUCACAACGUCACUUCUAUAAGCACGGCGUCGUUUUCGUGGUUGCCUGUUGCAGCCCUGGUGUUCUACGUUGUGAUUUUUAGUGUAGGAAUGCAACCUAUUCCAAUGCUUAUCCUUGGGGAAUUAUUUUCACCCGGCGUUAAAGCAUACGCGUUAGGUUUUGCUGACAUAUACUUUUCAUUUUUGGCAACGAUCGUGUCCAAAUUUUUCCAAGCGGUGAAAGACGAAUUUGGAAUAUACGUACCAUUCUUUACCUUUAGCGGUUGUUGUAUUUUGGGACUUAUCUUUAUUGUUAUCUGCUUUCCCGAAACGAAGGGGAAAACCUUGGAAGAAAUCCAGCAGAACUUUAAGGGAAAGAAACCAACGAAUAAUCCAACUGAACCUUAAAUUAACUGAUUUUAGUAGAUAAUAAACUAGGAAUUAUUGGUUAUUGGUAUUCGGUUAUUAAUAUAAACUAAAUUUAUUUUAUGUUUAUUAAAAAAGCUGAUAAAGUUUGAAUGAAGAAACUCAGUUGGUGCAGGUGUCAGCCAACUUGAUACUAAAUGACGAAAUUAUUGUAUUUUACCUCAAACCUCAAUAUAGACGAGAAUGUUAGGUUAGGUUAGGUUAUUACCUCAAACCCCAAUACAGACGAGAUGGUUAAAAGAUUAGAAAUAUGUUUAAAAAUUUGGUUAAAAAUGUUUAGUAGCUUUAAAAACAAGACAACCAUACAUCUCGUUUACUUAAAUUAGUUGUUUCUUAAAUUCUUUACUAAAAAUAUGAACUUUUGGUUUAAAUUAUGAUUUAUAUUUUUAUUUGGUUGGAGCAGAAAUAUUCCUCAAGUUCCCCAUUUAUUACCAUUGUUUCUAAAACGAAGCCUUCCACCAUACUUGCCAGCUUUGCACUACAAUCUCGCCUACUGUCAUUAAUAGUCGCAAAGAUGAUUUUUUUCAAACAACAAAUUAUAUGUUAUACAUCCAGCAGGCUAUGCAGUGGGCUAAAAAUAGUUCAUAGAUCUCGUCUACUUACUUAAAUUAGUUGUUUCUUAAAUUCUUUACUAAAAAUGUGAUCUUUUGAUUUAUUGUUUGGUUGAUGAAAACUUUCAAAAAAAAAAAAGUGUUAGAAAUAUAUAAAUGCAGUAGCGAUUGUAACGAAUAGUUAAGGAUACUUAAAACUAAGUCAGUUCUACUUAACGUUGCGCUUACUUAAGUUACACAUAUGAAACGUACUGGUUUUACAGUACAAUUUAUAUUAAUUUAAAAAUUAAGUCAAUAUACUAUAUAUAGAACAAAUUACGUAUAUGUUCAUUUGUAGGUAUAUUUCUUAUGUUAAGUAAUCAUCUUCCACUUGCCAAUAAUUGACGUAAGGCUGAUUGAAUACUUAUAACGAUUGAUGACAGGGUUAAUCAUCUAUUAAUCAAUCACGAGAAAGAAGUUGAAUAUGUAUUUCAUGUGACGCAAAGCAUAUGUAUACAACUAAUGUGAUACUGAUUCUAAAGGUACUUAUUGCGAAACUGCUAUUGUAUUAUAUUAUCUAUAUAAUUUAGGGUAUUAAUAUUAAUUGUAAAGAAUCCUUUUUAUACAA